CAUUUGCACCCCCAACGCUCUUCACACCAGUCCCUGGUCCGAUAUACGUUGGUCUGGUCUAGUUGCACCGGAGAAUCCCAAAAUCACCUGUCCUCCUCGAAUGCGCAUUGUCUGUUCGUCAACAUCCGCUCGCUGGGGAAUGGCAGCGAAGUCCCUCCUGUAAUGCUCGCUUGACCUGGCGGACAUGAUCUUUGAGACUAUUGCCCUUGGCUCCUGCCUUCUUCCCUAGCUUUUAGCUUCCACCCCACCCCCGUCCACCUGAGACCGCAUUCUGAGACCGGCACUCGGAUCAACAUCAUACUGGGACUUCAGCUCGUUUUGACGACCUGCUGUGAUGGUUUCCCGCUCCAGCGAAACCAGUGAGGGGCAGCGCCCCCUCACCCCCUCCAGGACGCCCGGCACACCCAUGAAACCGCGAUUGGCCCGAAUCAGCACCAGCCCGACCAAGCGAGACGAGAAACCGAAGGAAGAUAAUAAAGUGCUGAAGUCGUCGGCCAUGGAUGUGGCGGAGCUCAAGGACUACCAAUUGGGUGAUUGCCUGGGGAAAGGCGCCUUCGGAUCGGUCUAUCGAGCAUUGAACUGGAACACCGGGGAGACUGUUGCGGUGAAGCAAAUCAAGUUGACGGACCUUCCCAAGACUGAAUUGCGUGUGAUCAUGUUGGAAAUUGAUCUGCUCAAAAACCUCGAUCAUCCGAACAUUGUCAAGUACCAUGGAUUUGUCAAAUCCGUGGAAACCUUAAACAUUAUCCUAGAAUACUGUGAGAAUGGCUCGUUGCACUCUAUCGCGAAGAACUUUGGCCGGUUUCCCGAGAACUUGGUCGGUCUGUACAUGUCCCAGGUCCUUCAUGGACUGUUGUAUCUGCACGAACAAGGUGUUAUCCAUCGGGAUAUUAAGGGUGCCAAUAUUUUAACCACAAAAGAGGGCCUUGUCAAACUAGCUGAUUUCGGUGUGGCCAGCCGGACUACGGGGUUGAGCGAGUCAAGCGUGGUCGGAACUCCAUACUGGAUGGCCCCGGAGGUCAUCGAGCUAUCGGGAGCAACGACGGCAUCAGAUAUUUGGAGCUUGGGAUGUACUGUGAUUGAGCUGCUUGAGGGCAAGCCUCCGUAUCACAACCUUCAGCCCAUGCCUGCUCUGUUCCGGAUUGUCAAUGAUGAUCACCCUCCUCUUCCCCAAGGCGCCUCGCCGGCUGUGAAAGACUUCUUGAUGCAAUGCUUCCAGAAGGACCCCAAUCUUCGAGUAUCCGCGAGGAAGCUCCUCAAGCACCCGUGGAUUGUCAAUGCUCGCCGGACUGAUUCGGUCGUCCCGAAGAAGUCCACAGAGUAUGAAGAAGCCGUCAAGAGUGUGCAGGAAUGGAACGAAGCUUUGCGAUCUCCCGGUGCUGGUACUUCGAGAAAGUCGAACAAAUUCGACCCAAAUGCCGGGCCAUUGCCUGCUGCCCGUAGCAGCUCCCUUGUGGAUACGCUGCCAUCCCCAACAUCCAUCAAGACCGCCGAUCGUUUCCGAUCUCCAUCCUCUAAUGAGGAUGAUAAUUGGGACGAUGACUUUGUCACCGCUAUCUCCCCAAGUGCUCUGCAGCUGCCUCAUUUGAGGCCUCAUGACAACUUCGGUGGGAAGCUUUCCUCUGAGAAGCUCAAAGCGUUUGCGUCCCUUGACGGAACUAUGCUUAGAUCAGAGGACAGCUUUGAGGAAUUUGAAGAGAACUCCCGCGGGUCCAUUCAAGCGGAGAAUGAUCCCCUCCAGACAAUCCGCCCAUACCCAGCCAAGACACCAUCAGCGGAGCCGUCCAAGUCUCGCAGCUCGACAAGGCGCCAACCGAGUAAGGUGCAACAGGCGUCAGCCUUGCAAAAUGGUCCUAUCCUGACUCAAACCCCUGCACCCCCGGUGAGACGACCUCGUCCAGCCGCUCUGUACAAGGAAAACUCCGUCGAGGAUUACACGGACCUCAUCAUGGCCAACGAGGAUGUCCUAGAUCGAAAGUUAGGGGUGUUCCAGGAAUUCGACGAUGACCCCGCCUCUCCAACUCAUGACAAAGAUUGGCAUUUUGACGAUGAGUUGACUGGUCAUCAUCCACAGUUGCGGAAACAGCUCUCUGUGAAGCGUGAUCGCUCCACUAUCGAGAUCCAGAAAUUUGCAGAGAAUGAGAGUGAUGAGGAUUUCUCUGACAUCCUUGGAGCCGAUCAAGUGGCUCUGGAUAAACCGGAGAGUGACGAUGGCUCCGAUCAAAGUACCCUCAUGCUGAACUCCAAGUUGUCUAACAAUUCCUGGCUCGGUGAUCAGGACGAUGACGACGACCCUUUCGCGCAAUUGGAGGAAGGCUUUGACGAAAUGGAUCUGGAAGCCAACAUUGCUCGCGACAAGUAUGCCCGUCUCCGGAAUCAAGUCGAAGGGCUGGUGGGAUCUCUUAAGACAUCUCAGGACGAGGAUGUUCUAGCGGAGAUCUCCGAACAGCUUCUCACGAUAUUUUGUGAUCUUCCAGAGACAAAGAACAUCAUCAUCAGCGCUCAUGGCAUGCUCCCUAUUCUAGAGAUUCUCGACACCUCACGCCGCCGGGACAUCGUCUUUUGUCUGCUGAGAGUGGUCAACGCGAUCAUCUACAAUGACUACGAGAUUCAAGAGAACCUAUGCUUCGUCGGCGGCAUCCCUAUUGUCAAUGAGUUUGCAUCGAAGAAAUAUCCCCGCGAGAUUCGUCUGGAAGCUGCCGCCUUUGUGCAGCAAAUGUACCAGACAUCCACUCUCACGCUUCAAAUGUUUGUCAGUGCCGGUGGUCUCAAUGUCUUGGUUGAGUUUUUGGAGGAUGACUAUGAAGAUGAGCGUGACCUGGUGUUGAUUGGAGUGAACGGUAUCUGGAGUGUCUUUGAACUACAAGGCUCCACGCCGAAGAACGACUUUUGCAGGAUUUUGUCCCGCAAUUCCGUACUAGAUCCUCUUUCCCUCGUUUUGAGUCGAGUCUUGGACGAGGAAGGAGAGCUGGCUGAGGUCAUUGAAGGUCGCAUCGCCAACAUCUUCUUCAUUUUCUCGCAGGCCGAGAAUCAUGUGAAGGAGAUGGUGGCAGAGCGAACUGUUCUGCACCGGGUCCUCAAAGAACUUCGACGAAUGUCGCCUGUCCACCAGGUCACGAUGUUGAAAUUCAUCAAGAAUCUCUCCAUGCUGUCGACCACCUUGGACUCGCUUCAGAAUUCCAACGCUAUCGAUGUGCUCACUGAACUCCUCCAGUCUACCAUGAAGCGUAGCCACUUCCGCGAAGUCUCGAACCAAAUCCUCAACACCAUUUACAACAUGUGCCGUCUCAACAAGACCCGACAGGAGGAUGCCGCGCUCAAUGGCAUCGUACCCUUGCUCCAGAAGAUUGUCAAGACGGAACGGCCCUUGAAAGAGUUUGCUCUACCCAUUCUCUGCGACAUGGCCCAGUCGGGUAAGGUCGGUCGCCGAGAGUUGUGGCGCAACAAGGGUCUCGCAUUCUAUAUCUCUCUACUUGCGGAUCCGUACUGGCAGGUUACAGCUUUGGAUGCGAUUUUCACUUGGCUUCAAGAAGAAACUGCCAAGGUCGAAGAGCACCUUUUGGAAAACCGACAUGACAAGAUGUCUUUCACGGAUGCUAUCGUGCGAUGCUUGACGCUUUCCAAGGCCAAUGCUUUUGAAAAUCUGCUUGAGCCCCUGCAAAAGCUUUUACGAUUGAGUCCCCCCGUAGCAUCAACUCUGGCUCGGGCCGACCUGUUCACCAGACUGGGACAGAAGCUUCACCACAACAAAGCCGCCAUCCGACUCAACCUCCUACGUAUUAUCUCCAGCAUCUGUGAUUCCAGCGAGCAACAGGGCGGCUUACUUGCUACGUAUGGCCUGCUGGAUGCGAUUCGGGAACUCGAACACGAUCCCGCCAUCCUGGUGCGAGACAUGGCAGGAAAACUAGUCCAAUCUAGCGAACGGGGCAAUAAUUCCCUCGGUCUCAUGCGCAGACCUACUAGCCGCCGCAAGAGUACCUCCACCUCCAGCCCCAACCCUUUCGCCGGCUCUACACCUUCCACUCCCUCCGCCAAUCGUUCCAGUCAAUCCCGUGCCUUCCUCGAAGGCCGUGAAACACCCCGUCACCCCCGAAAUGCCCUCAGCGGCUCCUCUCUCGCUCUCCGGCCGGGUAGCCGUGAUGGCAGUACCUCCUCUCUAGGCUCUGCCCUUAAUGGCAGCGCUGCGGCUGCUCGACCUCGAAUGCCUCGAGGCAUUUCCAACCGCCUCUCACAGGUUGAACUCCUCCAGGAUGAUGAUAAAGCCCCAAAUUCGCUCAGUCGGCGAGCCUCUAUCAUUCCCCGUCGUCGACGUCCUACCAUUGCUGAUUCCGAGUGGACAUGAACAUCCUGGGUGUGCGAACUGAACUUAGUCAAGCAAGUUUUGCACUCUUUGUGAUUUUGUUUUGUUUUGUUUGUUUGUUGGUGAAAACCAGGCGGCGUCGAGAAAAAAAGAUGGGGACUGGGUUAAAGGGAUAAUUUUCUUUUUCUUUUGUUUAAACAGUUUCCUUUUCCGCUGCCUAUGUUGAAGCACUGGCUGCUGCACAUAAGAGCCUACAUAAACUUUUCAAUGACACAUAAUUACUCGCUGUUAUACACA